AUGUGGCUCCCUUUGGCGGCGGGAGGGCUCUUCUUCCCGGGCCUCUUCGCGGCCUGCCUCCGCGGCCUGGCCUGGCUCGGACCCGCAUGGAGCCUCAAGGAGCGCAUCCUCCUCAGCGGAAGGCUGGUGUCCUCCGUCCAAGCCAUUAUGGCCACCGUUUCGGGGAUUGUGGUGGUUUUGAACUGCAAAGACGUGGUGCACAGCAGGCACUGGGUGGCGCGCGAGUACGUGGGCGUGCUGGUCUCCUACAUGGCCUACGACAUCUACGUCAUGUACCUCUGCCACUGGCACAAGAGCGAGGAGCGGGGGGAGGCGGCCCCCAAGCACUCCUGGGCCAGCCUGGGGGCCUUCCUGCGCAAGGAGCGCCUGAUGGUCACCCACCACCUCUUCAUCCUGGUGGUCCUCACCCCCGUGGCCGUGCACCUCCGAGGAGAACUGGGAGACUUCUUUGUGGGCUGCAUUUUCACCGCUGAGCUGAGCACCCCCUUCGUGUCGCUGGGCAAGAUCCUCAUGCAGCUGCAGAUGCAGGACUCUCUGCUGCACAAGGCCAACGGUCUGCUGAUCCUGCUGACCUUCUUCCUCUGCCGCAUCGCCCUCUUCCCCUUCAUGUACUGGUCCUACGCCCGGCAGGUGGGCCUCCCCAUCUACAAGGUGCCCUUCCGCAUCCCCUUCCACUGCAACGUGGCCAACGCCCUCCUCAUCGCCCCACAGCUCUACUGGUUCGUCCUCAUCUGCCGCAAAGCCGCCCGGCUCUACCGGCACCGGACGCCACAGGACGCCGCCAAGUCGAGAUAACUCCGGGGGACGUCCCCCCUCGAUUCGGACCUUCCCAUCCGCGACGGAGGCAUGUUGGUUUCCCUCCAAUUUGCCUUUUCCCCGAACGUCCGCGGAUGCCGUUCGCCGGGAUCCAACACGACGUCGCACCGCAUCCAGAUACCUUUUGGGGACUCCGUGGGGCGUUCCCGCGGACGAAGGGCAUCCCUGGCCUUUCUUUCCAAUUCCCGACGGAGGCGUUUUUGGUUUACCUCCAGUGAUGUUGAUCCACGUUGUCCGUUUUGCUAUUUCUUCAUCCGUAGUCGCUGUUCGCCGGGAUCUGAAACUGACCCGCAACGGAUGUGUUCCACUUUGCCCCGUAUUGUUUACCUCUGCCGCCAUCGAUCCGGAUAGUCCGUUGUGCCUUUCCUUCAUCCGUAGUUGCUGUUUGCCGGGAUCCAAAACCACGUCGUAUGACAGCCAGUUAACUUUGGGGACUCCGGGGCCCAUUUCCCUCACGUUUCUUUCCGAUCCGCGACGGAUGUGUUCCACUUCGCCCUGUAUUGUUUACCUCUGCCGCCAUCGAUCCAGAUAGUCCGUUGUGCCUUUUCUUCAUCCGUAGUCACUGUUUGCUGGAAUUGGAAAUCACAUCGCACAACAUCCAGUUAACUUUGAGGACUCUGGGGCCCAUUUCCUUUGCCUUUCUUCCCAACUUGCGAUGGAUUUGUUCCACUUUGCCCCGUAUUGUUUACCUCCACCGCCACCGAUCCAGAUGGUCCAUUUUGCCUUUUCUUCAUCCGUAGUUGCUGUUUGCCGGGAUCCGAAACCACAUCUCAAGACAUCCAGAUAACUUGGGGACUCUGCAAGCUGUUUCCCUCACCUUUUUUUCCAACUCACGACGGAUUUGUUCCGCUUCGCCCCGUAUUGUUUACCUCUGCCGCCAAUGAUCCGGAUAGUCCGUUGUGCCUUUUCUUCAUCCGUAGUUGCUGUUCGCCGGGAUCCAAAACCACGUUGCACGACAUCCAGAUAACUUUGGGGACUCCGCGAGCCGUUUUCCUCGCCUUUUUUUCCAACUCAUGACGGAUUUGUUCCGCUUCACCCCGCACUGUUUACCUCCGCCGCCAUCGAUCCGGAUAGCCCGUUGUGCCUUUUCUUCAUCCGUAGUCACUGUUUGCUGGAAUCGGAAAUCACAUCGCACAACAUCCAGUUAACUUUGAGGACUCUGGAGCCUGUUUCCUUUGCCUUUCUUCCCAACUCGCGAUGGAUUUGUUCCACUUCGCCCCAUAUUGUUUACCUCUGCCGCCAUCGAUCUGGAUAGUCCGUUUUGCCUUUUCUUCAUCCAUAGUCGCUCUUCGUCGGGAUCCAAAACCACGUCGCACAACAUCCAGAUAACUUUGGGGACUCCGUGAGCCGUUUCCCUCGCCUUUUUUCCCGACUCAUGACGGAUCCCUUCCGCUUCGUCCCGCACUGUUUACCUCUGCCACCAUCGAUCUGGAUAGUCUGUUGUGCCUUUGCUUCAUCCGUAGUCGCUAUUCACUGGGAUCCGAAACCACGUUGCAUGACAUCCAUAUAACUUGGGGAGUCCGCAAGUCGUUUCCCUCGCCUUUUUUUCCGACUCACGACGGAUUUGUUCCGCUUCGCCCCGCACUGUUUACCUCCGCCACCAUCGAUCCGGAUAGUCCGUUCUGCCUUUUAUUCAUCCGUAGUUGCUGUUCGCCGGGAUCUGAAACCACGUUGCACAACAUCCAUAUAACUUGGGGACUCUGCGAGUCGUUGCCCUCGCCUUUUUUUCCAACUCGCGACGGAUCCGUUCCGCUUCGCCUCGCACUGUUUACCUCCGCCACCAUCGAUCCGGAUAGUCCGUUCUGCCUUUUAUUCAUCCGUAGUUGCUGUUCGCCAGGAUCCGAAACCACGUUGCACAACAUCCAUAUAACUUGGGGACUCCGCGAGACGAUUCCCUCGUCUUUUCUUCCAACUCGUGACGGAUCCAUUCCACUUCGCCCCGCACUGUUUACCUCCACCGCCAUCGAUCCGGAUAGUCCGUUGUGCCUUUUUCCCAACAGCCAUCAUCCAUCAGGAGCGCAUCUGCUCUUGUCUACUGAUUCUCCACCACUUCUCCUCAUUCCUUUCAGGCUGAAAAUGUUAAGUUCCUGAUACUUCAGUAUUUUUACUGCAAACGGGGACAUUACGGCCAAUUCUGGACCAGAUUCCAAGCGAAAUCUCAGAAUUUGGGGCAUUAUGGGUGCUUUGGGAACACACGGUCGACUCUGUUAUGAUUUCAUUGGACUUCUUCUUUGAGGGAAAACGAGGCUCAAAAGAACUGGGUUUGGAUUGUAUUUGUUGGGCCUCGAAUGGCCUUUGUUUGCCGUAUCACUCCCUGGUUUGUGCCGGGAGUCUGUCUGGGAUGAUGGGAAUUGUAGUCUGUCGUGCUAAACCAGAUUGCUGGCUUUGUUUCGAAUCCGAAUCCUAUCUCAAAACGUAACAACCGAAACCACACAUCAGUCCAUCUAAAAACACCUUAAAAUAUUAAGUCUGUUCCAAUUGUGUUUUGAUCUACUGCAAUUCCCAUCAUCCACCACCAAUUGGGAGUUAUAGUUGUCUCUCUGAAAAAAAUCCCAAAAAAGUGCCUACAUUGGCCUUCCAAAUGAUGACCGGGACCGUGAUCUGAAUACUGUGGCGACGCCCGACAACAGAUUUGCAUACAUGCAAAUUAAGUUUAUAUUUCAUCCAGCAGAGAAAGAUAUAUAUAUAUAUAAAAUAGGGCCGACUGAUAAGAUGUAGAUACUAAGGGCUUUCUCGUAAUGGGAAUUGUUAGUCCCUUUAUGUUUGGGACUACAACUUCCAUCGGUUCUGUCAAGCCAAGGAUUAUG